CCACUGCUCUCCCGCAAAACCUCCUCCUCCUCCUCCUCCUCCUCCAUUGUUGAUUGUUUCAAGCUCUAAUAAACAAAAUUCAAUCAGCUUUUUAUCAGAAUUCUUACCUGAAGAGCGCUGGAGAUUUUGACUCAGAAAAAUCGUUGAGGAUGAGUUGCAGUGGAUGUCGAGUUCUUCGAAAAGGUUGCAAUGAGAAUUGCAUACUCAGACAAUCUCUUCAGGGCAUUGAGACCCCUCAGGCUCAGGCUUACGCUACCGUCUUCGUCGCCAAGUUCUUCGGCCGCGCCGGCCUCAUGUCCUUCCUCUCCGCCGUCCCCGACUCCCAACGUCCUCCUCUGUUUCAGUCUCUGUUGUUUGAAGCCUGUGGACGGACUGUGAAUCCGAUCAACGGAGCGGUGGGGCUUCUAUGGACGGGAAACUGGCACAUUUGUCAGGCGGCGGUGGAGACGGUGCUCCGAGGCGGCGUUUUAAGGCCGAUUCCUGAGUUUUCCGGCGAAACUCCGGCGGACGAAUUUGACGACGCCUCGAAUAAUAAUACUAAAAGCAUGGAUUUCUUCGGAUCCCUAGAUCUGCAUUCGGCUAGUAAGGUCAAGGAUUUCAAUGAAUUAACGGCGAGAUCACAACCGAUCGCCGAUCUCGAUCUCUGCCUGGAGCAGAGCUUGAAGACCGCCGGCGGGAGAGUGAAUCGCCGCCCGGAGAAGCGGAGGGCGGAGACGCCGUCGUCGUCGAAGUCGGAGGAAUCGGAAACGACGACGUUGGAGAGCGGUGGUUCAGCCUAUAAUCAAACUUUACAGGGAGGACGAAACGAAGGAAAGCUUCUGAGACUGUUCUUCUAAGAGAGAGAGAGUCUAUAAAAUUUACCGGUUACCGGAAUCGACUGUCACCUGAGCUGACGUGUAAUAGAUUUUGCUUUUUGUUUUUUUAGUGUUUCCCCGGUGAUAAGAACCGGCGAGUUUUGUGGUGGGGGGUUGAGUUGUAGAAGGAGCACUUGAUUUGUCAAGUCUCUUGUUGUGUAUACGAAGGGAGAGAAAGAUGAGAGUUACCGGCUAACCGGUUCCCCUACUGUUUUCUUCCGAUUGACUAAUUAUGGGCAGUGACUUUGGGAUGAAGAAAUGAAAUUCUCUGUGUUUUCCAAGAAA